GUCCAAACCCCUCACCAAACCAAACCACUCUGCUCCGCCUCCCGAACAAAAACCUCUCCUUUGCUCUGCAAUGCGCGUGUAGCACCGCCGCGGAAACCGCUCCCCCGGCCGGCACCGACCGCGAUGCCGUCAUCGCCGCCGCCGCCCGGUCCGUCGGGCGAACUGGUGCCGCCGUGGCUGAGAGCCCUGCCGCUGGCGCCGGAGUUCCACCCGACGGAGGCCGAGUUCGCGGACCCCGUCGCCUACAUCCUCAAGAUCGAGCCCGCCGCGGCGCGCUACGGCAUCUGCAAGGUCAUCCCGCCCUGCGCGCCGCCGCCCAGGAAGACCACCCUCGCCAACCUCGCCCGCUCCUUCUCCGCACUCCCCUCCUCCUCCCCGACCUUCCCGGCCCGCCACCAGUACGUCGGCCUCUACGCGCGCCGCCCGCUGCCGGCGGUCCAGACCGCCUGGCUCUCCGCGCGCCGCUACACGCUGCAGCAGUUCGAGUCCCGCGCGGCCGCCGCCCGCGGCCCGCUCCUCGCCCGCCUCGGCGUGCCCGCCUCCAGCCGCCUCUCCCCGCUCGACCACGACGCGCUCUUCUGGCGCGCCGCCGCCGCCGACCGCCCCGCCACCGUCGACUACGCCAGCGACCUGCCCGGCUCCGGCUUCUCCGCCCCCGCCCCGCGGCACCACCACCCCGCCCCCGCGGCGCGGCGCCACGUCGGCGACACGGCGUGGAACAUGCGCGCCGCCGCCAGGAGCCCCGGCUCGCUGCUGCGGUUCGCGCGCGACGAGGUGCCCGGGGUCACCACCCCCAUGCUCUACGUCGCCAUGCUCUUCAGCUGGUUCGCCUGGCACGUCGAGGACCACGACCUCCACAGCCUCAACUACAUGCACUUCGGCGCCGCCAAGACCUGGUACGGCGUGCCGCGCGACGCCGCGCUCGCGUUCGAGGACGUCGUGCGCCUGCGCGGAUACGGCGGGGAGGUCAACCCCGUAGAGACCUUCGCCACGCUGGGGAAGAAAACUACCGUCAUGUCCCCGGAGGUUUUCGUGGAAUCAGGGGUGCCCUGCUGCAGGUUGGUGCAGAAUGCAGGGGAGUUCGUGGUCACGUUCCCGGGAUCAUAUCACAGCGGUUUCAGCCAUGGUUUCAACUGUGGUGAGGCAUCAAAUAUAGCUACUCCUGAAUGGUUGACAGUAGCGAAAGAGGCAGCAAUCCGGAGGGCAUCAACCAACCGACCCCCCAUGCUUUCGCACUAUCAGCUGCUUUAUGAACUUGCACUGUCAAUGGGCAUCAGGGACCCAUCCAUUGGGGUAAUGGAACCACGGAGUUCUAGAUUAAAGGAAAAGAAGAAGGGCGAAGGAGGGCAAUUGGUCAAGAAGUUAUUUGUCCAAAAUGUUAUUCAAGACAAUGAACUGCUUAGUUGUCUUCUGAAUGAUGGAUCUUCUUGUAUUGUUCUUCCUAUAACUGCUCAUGAUGGUCCUGUUCUUUCAGCUCUGCGCUCAAGAUACCAAUUAAGACCUAAAUCCAAUUUGUCAGAUAACCUAUGCAGUAGUGGAGAAACUCUGGAAGCUUCGAGAUGCUUACCGCAGAAUGAAGCAUUUGAUUUGAAUGGUGAAAUUAGAAACUGCAGUGCUUUGUCUUCAUCCAAAGAAAGGUCAUUAGCAGUCUGCUCUGGAAAGAAAUACCCACCAGCAAGACGUAUGCAUGAUUGUGUAAAUCUCUCUAGUUCACCUGACACAAAUAAUUCAGAAGGUGAUGAGGUGGAUGUAAUCAGUGCUGCUGGGCUCUUAGAUCAGGGUUUAUUAUCCUGUGUCAGCUGUGGGAUUUUAAGUUUCUCGUGUGUGGCUGUCAUCAAACCAAGAGAGUGUACAUCAAACUACUUCAUGUCUUCUGAUUAUAAUUUGAUUAAUGAUAAGCUUUUUGCAUCUGGAGGGAGUCACCUGGCAAAUGCAACGGGAAGAGAAGGGACUAGUGGUGACAUUCUAAGAUUCGGUUUUGAACCGUAUGGCAAUGAAAUGCUUUCUGAUGCUGAACCUGUCAACGGAAAUUCUGCUCUUGAUCCUCUGGUGGCUGCUUAUGGAGAUCAAUCAGAUUCCAACGAAGAUAUUCGGAACGAAAAACUUAAGGUCUCUCAUGAAUCCAUGGAAUUAUCGGGGCAGAUGACUGAACCACAGCACAAUGGCUCAAGUAAUAUCUGUUGUGAUGGAACGAAGAUUUCCUCAAGUAGCGACAAAUGCCACCAAAUUCCAUCAUCCCAGAGCUCUCUGUGUAUUGGUGGCUCAGGUAUUUCAGAUGGACCAAGAGGUGUUCGCACAAGAAACAAAUAUAAACUUAAGCAGGCUCUGUCUGAAGGUUUUCAGCUAAAGGAUAAUCGUCUGACAAUGGAACAGAAGGUUCUACCUGAACCGUCAAACCCAAAUAAGAUUCUGAAGGAGGGACCACUUGAUGCCAGCGGCACAGAUUAUCAUUGUAUAUGUAACAGCACCGCAAUCGUUAUGGAUGACCCUGGAACCUCUGCUGCUACAAUGAACAACUUAAAUAAACCGAUUGUGAAGUUUGAUAAGGAUUCAUCAAGAAUGCAUGUAUUUUGUCUUGAGCAUGCUGUUGAGGUUGAGAAGCAACUUCGAGCAAUUGGUGGUGCAAAUGUUAUUCUUUUAUGUCGUCCAGAAUAUCUUAAAAUAGAAGCAGAAGCAAGGUCGUUAGCUGCAGAAAUGGAAGUUGAGUAUGACUGGAAGGGCAUCCAUUUCAGGGAAGCCAAAAGGGAGGACAGGGAGAUGAUACAAGAACUGCUGCAGGAUGAGGAGUCAAUACCAACAAGCAGUGAUUGGACUGUAAAACUGGGAACUAAUCUUUACUACAGUGCAAAUCUGUCCAAAUCUCCUUUACACAACAAACAAAUACCAUACAACAGGGUCAUCUAUAGGGCAUUUGGCUGCAAUUCUCCAAACAACUCACCAGAAGAUCUGAAAACUUGCGAGAGGAGUCAAGGCAGGCAGAAGAAAAUAGUCAUUGCUGGCAGGUGGUGUGGGAAAGUAUGGAUGUCAGACCAGGUCCAUCCAAUCCUAGCUCAGAGAAUUGAAGGCAGUGAACUGGAAGAGAGUGACAAUUCUGGUGGAGUGGCAGCCUCCAAAAGAAGCACUGCAACAGAUGUAAUGAAAUCAAGCAAGAGAAGGGGGAACAUGACUCUGGAGGAAACAGAUACAAAGAGGCCCAAACAAACUAAGGAGUACAGUCCCAAAGCAUUAAAACGUGUUGCUCAAGUGUCCUUCCCCUCACCAACUGGAACUGUUCUCCGUGUUAGCUCCAGGAUUGCCAAUAGACCAAAUAAGGUGAAAUCAGAGAUGACAGAAGAAGAAGAUGAUGAUCCUGCUAGCCGUCCAAAGUCAAAGGUUACUUUCCAUUCGCGAACAAGAGCACCACAGAAGACUGAAGUCGAAGCAAGGAAGCAAAUGAAGAUAAGCAGAGGAGACAUUAUGAUGGAUCCAGCUACUCCAAAGGAUGAAGAGGAGCACCCAUACUCUGCAGAGGGUUCUCCUGUGAGCUCUGACAGUAAUUGGGAUUUGUAUCCGCGUAAGCACCGAACCAGAACAGAAGCAAAGAUCCAACUGAAGAAAUCUACAGGAGAGAAGAAGAGGACUCCAAGAGAUCCAGUGCAUGCCGAAGAGUACAUGUGCAGUAUCGAUGGCUGUUAUACAAGCUUCGACACGAAAAAUGAACUCUCCAUGCACGAGCGCGACGUCUGCCCCGUCAAUGGCUGCGGGAAGAAGUUCAUCACGCACAAGUACCUGCUGCAGCACCACAAGGUUCACACGGAUGACCGUCCGCUGAAGUGCCCGUGGGAGGGCUGCGGCAUGGCGUUCAAGUGGGCCUGGGCAAGGACAGAGCAUCUCAGGGUUCAUACGGGCGACAGGCCCUACGUUUGCCAUGAGCCAGGGUGUGCACAGACGUUCAGGUUCGUGUCAGAUUUCAGCCGUCACAAGCGCAACACAGGCCAUUCACCCAAGGGGACGAGAACCGAGGCAUGAUCGGCCAAGGCAGGAGCAAGUUAUGAUGGUAUACCAGAAGCUACAGUGGUAGGAUUGUGUAUAUUCAAGCAAUGCCCGGAGCCCAUGGUAGUCUGCUCACGGUUUCUUUAGCUUAGCACUCAGUAUAUCGUUAUUUCCUGAAUUGUAUUAGCUAGCACCGCAAUCGGUGUGCUUGCUAUGUCCAUAAUUCCGUUCAUUGAUCAUUUCAAUGAUUGCCACUUUACCUUAGUUUAGCACUGAUUUAUGUAUGAUGUAUUGACAUUACCACCAAAUGCACGGUUAACUGUCAUGUUCAAUCUAAUCUCUCUUUUAGUUUCACUUC